CACUGCAAUUUGGUUUUUAUUUGUCAUAUAUCUCCAUUUGCUACCGACAGAGCUACAGAAAACAAAAUGGAUACCAAGGAAGUCAGGUCCUUCGCCAUCAUCACUCACCUAGUGGUAUUUGGGAUGUUAUUGGUUCAGUCCACUGCUUCUUUCAAAAGCUGCUACGAGAGUUGCUUCCUUCUCUGUGUCAUCACUCCCCACCAAUCUGUUGGCUCAUGCUCCUUCAAAUGCUUGAAAGACUGCAUCAUACCGACGUCUUAUAGUACCAACACAGAUAACCAAUACUUUUGCGCGCUCGGUUGUGCUUCUUCAUUGUGUUCCAGUUUCAGUACCAAGCAAAACCCAGAGUUGGAGAAAGUGGGUGGCUGCGUAGAUUCAUGCUCAGAGACCUGUAGUACCAAGAACACCUAAUUAGGGUUUUGAUUAUUAAUUAUCAGUUUAUGAUGCUAUAUAUUAUAUAUCACACAUUCUCUUCAUAGUGAAGUUAUAUUAUGUAAGGCUAUUGUGUAAUUAAACAUGAUCGAGCCAGUUAUGAAAUUUUCUUUGUGGCCUGUAA